GAAGGGGUGGGCGUGGCGUGAGAGGCAAGUGAGGGGGACAGGGGCGACGCUGAUUGGGUGGAGAAGGGGUGGGCGUGGCGUGAGAGGCACGUGACGGAGAGACGGGAGCCACCGAUUGGGCGUAGGAGGGAGGGGGCGUGGCGUCAUCGGGCUCAAUGUCCCUGAUCCUGGCGCAAGGGGCAGCCAUGGCGGCGGGCCUGUGGGUGCUGCUCCUGUUUCCGGGGCUGAUGGGCGCGGCGGGGGCCUUGGCGGGCGGGAUGCUCUAUCCGCGGGAGACUCCGUCGCGGGAGAGGAGGGAGCUGGGCGGCCUGUGGAGCUUCCGCCCGGACUGGAGCCCCACGAGGGAGGCCGGGUUCCUCCAGGAGUGGUUCCUCCAGCCCCUCCGCAAGUCGGGUCCGGUGACGGAGAUGCCGGUGCCGGCCAGCUUCAACGAGAUCACGCAAGACCCGGAGCUGAGGCGCUACGUGGGGUGGGUCUGGUACGAGAAGGAGUUCCUGCCCCCCACCCGCUGGGCCCUGCCCGAGGCCCCCACGCGGGUCGUCCUCCGGGUGGGAAGCGCCCACUAUCACGCCAUCGUGUGGGUCAACGGCGUGCGGGUGGCCGAGCACGCGGGCGGACACCUCCCCUUCGAGGCCGAGAUCGGCCGCCUCCUCGUCCCCGGAGAGCCCACCCGCGUCACCCUCGCCCUCAACAACACCCUGACGCCCGAAACGCUCCCCCCGGGGACCAUCCAGUACAUGACGGACCGGGAGCGGUACCCCAAGGGCUACUUUGUCCAGAACACGCGCUUCGACUUCUUCAACUACGCCGGGAUCCACCGCCCGGUCCUGCUCUACACCACCCCCGCGGCCUACGUGGACGACCUCACCCUCACCACCGACUUGGCUGGGAGCGUCGGUCUGCUGCGGUACGAGGUGUCGGUACAAGGGUCCUCCCGCUUCUCCGUGGCCCUGACUUUGGCCGACGCGGAGGGCAACGUGGUGGCUGCCGGGAACGGCUCAAACGGGGAGCUGAAGGUGUCCGGCGUGACCCCUUGGUGGCCGUACCUGAUGCACGAGCAGCCCGGGUACCUGUACCAACUCAAGGUAGUGGUCUCUGCCGAAGUGGACGGCUUCGUCGUGGAAGACGUCUACACCCAGCCGGUGGGCUUCCGCACUGUCAACGUCACUCCGAACCAGUUUCUGAUCAACGGGAAGCCCUUCUACUUCCACGGGGUCAACAAGCACGAAGACGCCGACAUCCGGGGCAAAGGGCUGGACUGGGCCCUGCUGGUGAAGGACUUCCACUUACUACGCUGGUUGGGCGCCAACUCCUUCCGCACCAGCCACUAUCCCUACGCGGAGGAGAUCAUGGACCUUUGCGACGCUUACGGCAUUGUCGUCAUCGACGAGUGUCCCGCCGUGGGCAUGAGGGACAGUGCCAAUUUUGGGAACCGGACGCUGCAGCACCACCUGACUGUGAUGGAGGAGCUGGUCCGGCGGGACAAGAACCGGCCCUCGGUCGUGAUGUGGUCGGUGGCCAACGAGCCGGCCUCUGAGUUGGCCCCGGCCGGACAAUACUUCAAGUCGGUGAUCUCCCACACGAAGUCCCUGGACCCCACUCGCCCCGUCACCUACGUCUCCAACGCCGCCUACAACCGCGACCAAGGGGCACCGUACGUGGACGUUGUCUGCGUGAACAGCUACUUCUCUUGGUACCACGACCCCGGCCACUUGGAAGUCAUCCGCCCGCAGCUCUACUCCCAGUUUGAGAACUGGUACAAAGCCUACCAGAAGCCCAUCAUCCAGAGCGAGUACGGGGCGGACGCCGUGGCCGGGCUCCACGCCGAUCCUCCUCUCAUGUUCUCCGAGGAGUACCAGGCGGCCGUGCUGAAGGAAUACCACUACGUCCUGGACCAAAAACGGAAGGAAUACGUGGUUGGGGAACUCAUCUGGAAUUUCGCUGACUUCAUGACGGACCAAGGGACGACCCGCGUUUUGGGCAACAAGAAAGGGAUUUUCACCCGCCAACGGCAACCCAAAGCGGCCGCCUUUCUGCUGAAGGAGAGAUACUGGACGUUGGCCAACGGAUCCUCGUGCCUCCGGCCGCCCAGACACGACAACGUCUGCUUGCCGUCUGCUCAAGAAUUCAGACGGUUUUGACCGACUCGUUGUGAUACGGAAGCAAACGGUUACGGUAACUCAAAGAGUACAAACAUAGCUCGACAAAGAUAUUUCCAACAGACCUCACAACCUCUGAGGAUGCCUGCCAUAGAUGUGGGCGAAACGUCAGGAGAGAAUGCUGCUGGGGCAUGGCCAAGCAGUCCGGAAAACGCACAACAACCCAGUAUUAAAGUACUUUACAGCUCAGUUUAAUUGACACAACCCAGUACACUUUGGAGCCCAGUUUCCAUCUUUAAUUGAUGGAUAUCUGACCGCAUUUGGGAGUUUCACGAAAUCGUCCCUACACAUUUCACAUUCCGAUCGCGCAUCCGUUUGAAUUUCCUCGACGAUAAAACGUCCGAGCGAGAAAGCCAAAGACCUCCACAGGUAAUUUCUACAUUUAUUUUUAUACCAAAAAAAAAAAAACCUUUAUGUGCAACGAAUAAACAUUCUUACAUUA